CUCACGUUUUGAAAAAGUUGACUGUGGUGCUGCUGCAUCUGGAAUACAGGACUCACGAUUUGAGAAUCUAUAGUAGGAACUCUGAAACGGGCAGCUACGCUUUACUCUCGCUUGCUCUCUUUCGCUGUCGUGGAAUCUUUUUUCUCUACACCUUGCUAGGCUAUCUAUAGGUUCCAAAAUGCUGGUCGUACUAGCUGGAGUAAUGGUAUUCCACCUUCUGAAUCUGAUCCUACUGAUAAUUUCAACAGCCGUCAAUGCUUGGAUAGUAGAUGGGGACCUGAGUACAGACCUGUGGUACGGAUGUACUUCCAAGAAUGGAGGGUACCACUGUAAACAGUCCAUGAGCGAAGACUGGCUGCAGGCCGUGCAGGCCCUCAUGGUCCUGUCCGUACUCUUCUGCCUGCUGUCAUUCGUCUUCUUCCUCUGCCAGCUCUUCACCCUGGUCAAGGGUGGACGCUUCUACUUCACCGCCAUUUUCCAGAUCCUCGCCAGUUUGUUUGUGAUGAGCGGAGCGAUCAUCUACACAGUCAUGAACACGGCGGCAGAGUCGAGCACCUACGGGCACGCCUACGUGCUGGCCUGGGUGGCCUUCCCCCUCACGCUGAUCAGUGGACUCAUCUACAUCGUCCUGAGGAAGAAGGAGUGAGCAGCGGCCCCGAGAUGGGGGGAGGAUGGGAGGGGAAGGGGGGCAAGAGGGGGGGACACCCACUCUCCCAGCAGUCUCACUCAGUCAGUAGGACAGCCUGGUACCAGCAGCACCACAGAGCGCCACCUUGUGGUGGCCAUCUGUGGACGACGCACUAAAUGUGUUACUAAGAAGGAAAAAAAAAACAAAGAGAGAAAAAAAAACAUGUUUGUCAUCAGUUAAUGUCUCAGCGUGAAGCGUGUGUAUGAUGUCUGUGGUUUGUCUAUUUAUAACAUGUUUUACAGUACAUACUUGUGUAUAUAAUAGUGUUCUUAAUGUGUUAGAGGUGGUUCAAACUCCCCAGCGUUUGGAUUGUUUUUCAGUGCAGUGAUAUCUAUGCAUAAAAGGGGAGAGAUGGUGAAAUGUCUUGCUCUACUGUGUUGGUUUCAUCCCACCAUCCCACAUUAACUACUUAACUCGACUUACAAUCACAAGAGCAAAUUCAGUUACUGCCCAGCCAUUUUUUGUUGUCUGUUUUUAAUUGCUUUGAAUUACCAUUGAAAUGCAUAUGUGCGUGUGAUGAAUCAAAGAAAAUUUGUACCAUAUUAUAUUUUUAAUCCUUGUUUCCAAAUAAAAAUGGUGCUAUGUAUUUGCCAUUCUUGAAAACCAUAGGCAUGUAGGCUUAAGUCAUGAAGUAAGUUGAACAUUACAAUUAUAUGUGUUGUAUCUGUGUCCAAAUAUUCUUGUAAAAAAGAGAAUCUUGCCUUCUGUACUCUUUUUUUAAUAAAAUGGCAAAGAGUA